CUGGAUGAUUUUUAUUCGCGCUGAAUAAAAUAAAAGAAAUAUUUCUAGCAAGUGUAUAUGACAUUCGGAUGCAUGUGAAUAAAGCUUUUGUUGUUUAAAUUUGACACAUUAACUGCAGCUGUCAAAAAUAUUUGCAUAAAACACGCCUGAAACGUUCAAUGGACAGUUAAACAUGUUGGAACUGUUGCUAUUAAUAGUUAUAUUACUGCCCAGCGCACAGCUUGGCAGCCUCAACUGUACGCUGGACAGACCACCGCUGCAAUUUCAUCUAGUGCGUGCAUGUCAACGCGCUGCGACAAACGAAGCGCUAGCCCUGGAAAAUACCUCAACGCUAGAGGAUUGCAUGGAACUGGCACGAGAGCUGCGUGGAUUGGCGCUUAACUAUGCACCUGGUGGCGAGCGUGGAGGGCGCAAUCUAUUGGAGCAGCAGCCACAGAAUGCGGAUGGCAAGGGUACAGCCCGCAGACGAUACAUGGAUGCGCGACGAGUCUUGAGCGUAUUCGAGCAGCCAGGCGAAUACUUCAAUUGUCAUGUGCUGCAGUGUCCACAGAACGUAAGCUUUGCCGGCAUGACUAACGACAGUCGCUUUGAUUACUAUAGCGUUUAUGGCAGACCCACAGCACUACAGAAUGUGAGCUGUGUAGCCGAAGUGGGUCUCUUUGUAAUAUUCAAACAGCCCAGCAAUUAUCUCAAUGCUUCCACAGUCUGCAGCAAUUCUAGUGAAUUUUUCGGCAGCUUGGCACAUGUUGUCUCUGAGUUGCGCACAGCUUCGCUAGCACGCUUGCUGCACUCCGAGCAGCUGUCGCCCUUAUAUCUAGCUUACAUAGGCUUACAAUACAAUCGCAGCAUCUCCUUGCAGCCGCUGGAUUUUCGCAACGCAGAGCAAGAGAGUUUGCUUUGUUUUCUAUACAGAGCUUGGCAUGCGGGCUAUCCACGUAUUAGCCUAGAAACUAACAGCAGCUGCGUGGCCUUGACGCCACUUGGCACUUGGCAAACUGUAAAUUGCGAGCAUGAGCUACCCUUCAUAUGCGAAAUACUAUUACCUGGCAACACAAGUCAGCACUCACAACUGGAUGUGGGUAUUAACUCCGCCGUUGAGUGUCUCCAUAACUGAAUUUAAUCAUUUGAAGUGCA